AUGAACGUUCCUUCAACACCUACCCCGUCUUCUGCUACAAGCGGGCAAACAACAACGGCAACUACAACAGCACUACCACCACCACCUCCACCACCACCACUAUUACAACAAACAACAAAAACCGACAUGGCCAUGCCUUCUUCUUCUUCAUCAUCAUCAACCACCUCCGCCGCCAUUCAGUCCAUCUAUGCUGAAACGUUCUCAGUCGUAGGGAGCGAGUUUUUAAACGUCCUUGUACGAGAGCUGGCUCGUUGUACUCAAUCACAGCAUGUCCUGAUCUAUCAACUCAUGACUCGACAAGACUACAAUGAAAUGGAAAAGCAUAGUCCUUUAUUUGACAAGUUACCGCCCAUGAGCAGCAGCACAGAGCAAUCGCCCAUAGGUUCACCACGCCGUCACCACCACCACCCACACCACCAACACCAAGCAACAAGUAGUAGUAGCAGUAGUAGUCGAGGAGGAGGAGGAGGACUAUCAUCGUCUCAAGGCUGCCAUAGCAACGAAGAGGAGGAAGUGUUGAUGGUUCGAGCAUCUCAUUCAACGUCACCUCAGUUCGGCCAACAUACCGUCUUGCCCUUAUCUGCCAUAGAAGAUACGCCAUUCAUGAAUACCAUUCUCGAAUCUACUUGUUCCCUAUCCAAUAAGGCUAUACAUGAUUCGCCAGUGUUUCCUACGAUUGACAGCUUUGUUGGUAUUCGACUUCAUGCAACAAGCAAUGCAAAAGAAGCUUACACAUUGGGCAUGCUUUGUAUCCUCGACAACAAACCCAUGGACCCUGCCAUGUUACAAAAGGCACAGCAAUUGUUAUUGGCCGUGCAACAAAGGACGUCGUGUGAAUUGGAGCGGAUGGUGCAUGAAGAAUGUCUUGUUCGAGCUAAAAAUGCAGCAAAGAUGGAUGCAGAGAGCAAAAUCAAGUUCCUUGCAGAUAUGAGCCAUGAAAUUAGGACACCGAUGAAUGCUGUGAUUGCACUUACCGACUUGUUACUUCAAGAGCGAUCAUCACUCAAUCAUGAGCAGACGGAGCAUUUGGAGGUGAUUCAAACCAGUGGACAUCAUUUGUUGACGGUGAUCAAUGAUAUCCUUGAUCUAUCAAAGAUCAACCAUGAUCCGAAAUUCAAGCUGGAGCAUCGUCGGUUUAGUCUUCGUAAAUGUGUAAAAGAUGCAUUGAACAUGGCCCGGCAUCAGGCAUCCAUGACCCAACAAGGCAAGGUCGUCAGUGUCUUUGAAUAUCCGCAACAUGUCCAUGAUCAGUUACCCUUACGACAAAUGAUCGCUGAGCUCGAGAGGGCCAACUUUUUGCCUACAAGGAAAUCACAUCAUUCAGGGAAAACACGUCUACCUCUUUUAUGGCGGAUUGAUGCUGAUGUGCCUGAUAUUCUUAUGGGUGACACAAUGCGACUCACACAAAUCCUACUCAAUUUAUGCUCCAAUGCAGUCAAGUUUACGAGGGAAGGUGGUAUUCGUGUGAGGAUCAAGCGUUAUGUCCCAACCCCUUUUCAAACGGUGCCCAAGGAAGAAUCUGUAAAGACAUUCAAGCAACGAUACGAUGCAAAGAUUGAGACCAUGUGGUCACGUGCGAUGCGUCGUAUGAACAGCGAUGGCAAGAAUAAUGGUGGUGGUGGUGCACAAGAAGUAUGCAAUGAUGACAAUGAUGAUGAAUGUCCACUGGAGAAGGCUAUUCUUGAGAUAUCGGUGACCGACACUGGCAUUGGCAUUCCCACGGAUCGACUUCCUCAGCUCUUUAAAUCAUUUUCACAAAUUGACAUAUCAACGGCACGACGCUAUGGUGGUACAGGCCUUGGUCUUGCUAUUUCAAGUACACUUGUCAAUCACAUGGGAGGGGGUCUUUGGGUUGAAUCGGAAGAACAACUUGGCUCCUGCUUUGCAUUGACGCUACCUUUAUCGAUUGCACCACCCAAUGAUACCAUGGAUGAUAAUGUGGGUGCCGAGAGUGCUAGUACAAAUAGCGUUCUUACUUCACCGCCUUCACCCGUAUCCACAUUUUCGGAUGGCAAUAUCAGUGUGGGUUCUGCAGCGGAUCAUACGGCGGCGGGAUCACCUUCACAUUCUUCUCAACAACAACAACAAUCCAUCACAUCACCACCCCUUUCUUAUCAACCCUCACCCUUUCCAGGAACACAAGUACAGGCCUCAUCGUCCGAUACUAACGAGCCAGACUCGAGUGAAUAUAUACCCAAAUUCUCGCAUGACGAUGAUAAGGAUUCCAUGUCACCUCCUACUACUACAACUACUACCACCACCACCAGCACAACUACAACUACAACAACUACUACGUCGACGACACCUUCUUCACCUGCAACCAACAUCUCCAAAUCCCCAAUGGAAUUCCAACCACGACAUCCUCGCCCACACACCAAACAACGUUACCACCAUCAUAAAAAGACAGCAAGCAAUGAUGAAAAUAUUGCAAUGAUGUAUCCCAUCAAAAUUAUGCUUGCGGAAGACAAUGUUUUGAAUCAGAAAAUUGCCAUCAGUAUCCUCAAACGCCUGGGGUAUCAUGACGUGGUCGUGGCCAACAAUGGACGUGAAGUUUUGGAAUUAAUGCGAGAAAUCAAGUUUGAUGUUAUAUUUAUGGAUUUGUAUAUGCCUGAAAUGGAUGGAUUGGAAGCCACCCGAGCCAUUAUAUCCGAACGAGAAUUAGGCACCAGGGAAAGCGACAAUGCACCACCCUUAAUGAAUGUAUCCGAAGUAUAUAUCAUUGCAUUAACAGCAUCCGCAUCACGUCAAGAUCGACAAAUAUGUAUCGAUGCUGGCAUGAACGACUUUAUCAGCAAGCCAUUCACCAUGAUGGAAAUGAAGGCAUCGUUGAAAAAUUGCGUUACAAAGAGGAAAAAGAGAAGAAAACAACAACAAGAGGAUGAUGAUGACGAAGAAGAUCGAUAUCACACAUCAACAACAAUGAAAGAAGAUGAUCCAAUGACAGGCGUGGAAAGGACGACUACUACUACACUCAUGGAUGGUGGUGGUGGUAGUGGCGACACUAAUGCAUCAUCAAGGUCUUCACUUUCAAAAUCGCAAGAGUACUUUAUUUUCUGA